AUGCCGCCUUCGCAGUUGAAACAGCUCAAGGCCUCGCUGCGAGACAACGGGGUACUGGGUCCCCAGCAGUCGAAGAAGCAAAAGAAACAGAAUGUGAAGAGUGGUGCCAGUGCGCAGAAUCGAAACCAGCGCGAAGCGGCAUUGCAAGCUAUCAGAGACCGGUUCAAUCCUUUCGAAGUCAAAGCGACGACGAAAAAUGCCAAGUUUGAUUACACCAGCCGCGACGGGGGCGCAAAUGCGUCCAAGACGGCGGCCAGACCCGGCGUUACCAAGUCGCUAGGCGAGGAAAGACGUCGCGCAACCCUUCUGCGUGAGAUGGACCGGAAAAACAAAGUCGGUGGUAUUCUGGAUCGCCGUUUCGGUGAAAACGACCCAACGAUGACGCCCGAAGAGAGAGCCGCCGAACGAUUCGCUAGGGAAAGCCAGAAGAAGGCGCGCAAAGAGUCCAUGUUCAACUUGGAGGACGAGGAUGAGGGGGAUUUUACCCUGACACAUAUGGGCCAAUCUCUUUCCUUCGACAGCGAGCCCCACGUCGACAACGAGCCGCAAGACGACUUUGAGGACAAUGAUAUGGGAUCGGAGGAUGGUCUAUCCGACUCGGAAACCCCACGGAAAAGGAAACGCGUUUUUGCCGAAGGUGAAGCUGUGGUAGAUGGGGCUGAAGACGGAGAGAAUCUGCCAGAGCGAAAGAAAUCGAAGCAAGAGGUCAUGAAAGAAGUCAUUGCCAAGUCGAAGUUCCACAAGGCCGAACGGCAACAGGCCAAGGAAGACGAUGCUGACCUGCGUGAAGAAUUGGACAAGGGCCUUCCUGAUCUCUUCGACAUGCUGAGGGGUGUGAAACCGCCACCGAAACCGGAGCCUCCGAAGGACGAUUUCUCGUCGAUGAACCCUGAACGUGCGGCUGUAUUAGAGGGCAUUUCUCAACAGAAUCACGAGAAAGAGUACGACCAGCGCUUGAAGCAAUUGACUUUCGACAAGCGGUCCCAGCCAACAGAUCGUACCAAGACAGCCGAGGAGAAGAUUGCUGAGGAAGCCGAGAGGCUCAAGAAACUCGAGGAAGAUCGAGUUCGGAGAAUGCGCGGCGAGCAACUAAGUGAAUCUGAGGAUGAGGAAGAGGAGCAGCCAGAAGACGAGGAGGACUCCGAUGAAGAAUCAAUCCCCGACGACGCGAAAGCCUUUGGAUUGCAACAACCUACGAAUGAGAUUCACACUCGUCCUGAUAUGGGAGUCGAAGACGAAGACGAUUUCAUUCUCGAUGAUGAUCUCGUUGAGACCAGAUCCGAUGCCAGUUUGGAGAUUGGGGACAGUGACAUUGAGGGCUUUGAGGAAGAGUCCGAGGAAGAGGAAGAGGAAGAGGAGGACGAGCUCAUCAACGGGCUCACAUUUCCUGGGGGCCGGUCCGGAGAGGCUUCAGCUCCUGCCGAUAGCGCAGAAGCAAACGAGAAACUGGCAUACACGUAUCCUUGUCCCGAGGACCAUGAGAGUUUCUUGCACACUAUCAAGGACGUACCAGUGACAGAUCUCCCGACGGUUGUUCAACGAAUUCGUGCGCUGCACCAUCCCCGUCUUCAUAGCGACAACAAGCGGAAACUAGGCCGGUUCGCAGAGGUCCUCAUCCAGCACGUUUCGUACAUGGCAGAGCAAUCCGAACAUCCGCCUUUCGCCAUUCUUGAAAACAUUCUUCGACACAUCCACUCGCUGGCCAAGAGCCAUCCGGAGAACGUCAACAUGGCUUUCAGGGCUCGUCUCCGCAAAAUGGCCACCGAGCGGCCGCUGAACCUCUCCCCAAGCGACCUGGUCAUCCUGACGGCCAUUGCAGCGAUUUUCCCAACCUCGGAUCACUUCCAUGCCAUUGUGACGCCGGCACAUUUGUGUAUUGCGCGGUACAUGGGACAGGGAGCUAUCGACUCGCUCUCUGACUUUGCUACGGGUGCCUACGCAGCCAGUCUGUUCCUGCAGUAUCAGGCCAUCGCGAAACGAUACAUGCCCGAAUUCAUCAACUACGUCCUGAACGCACUCUACAACCUCUCCCCCCAGGAGCCCAAAAAACCCCUUGGCUUCUUCCCCAUCAGAAAGCCCGAGAAAUCAGUGGCCCUCACAUCGAAGUCCAAGAAAGCCACACCCCGAAAACUCCGCUUCUGGGACAUCACCGGCCCCGAGCCCGGCAAGGAAGAAGAACUCAAACUCUCCCUCCUCACCACCUUCAUCACUCUCCUCUCCACCGCCUCCGACCUCUGGACCGGCCAAUCCGCCUACACCGAGAUCUUCGAACCCGCACAAGCCGUCCUCAACCACCUCCGCAAAUCCACCACCUCUUCAGCCCCCUCCAUCCGAGACCCCCUCCAGUCCACCCUCGACAAACUCUCCACCCACCUCUCCAACUCCCGUCUCUCCCGCCGCCCGCUCUUCCUCCACAACCACAAGCCGCUAGCCAUCAAGACCGCUAUCCCCAAGUUCGAGGAAUCCUUCAACCCGGACAAGCACUACGACCCCGACCGCGAGCGCGCGGAGGCCAACCGUCUGCGCACAGAGUACAAGCGCGAGCGAAAGGGUGCGUUGCGCGAACUGCGCAAGGAUGCGAACUUUGUUGCGAGAGAGCAGCUGCGCGAGAAGAAGGAGAAGGAUUCCGAGUACGAGAAGAAGUACAAGAGGCUUGUGGCCGAGGUGCAGAACGAGGAGGGGAGAGCGGCCAACGAGUACGAGAGGGAGAAGAGGGCGCGGCAGGGGAAGUCUUAA